AUGGAAUGCGACGUGUCUCCGGCGGCCCCACCGGUGCAGACAAACCGUAUGACGACGAAACAAUCGCAGCCAUCGCCAACGGUCGUCGUAGCCAAAGCCGCCGCACACCACCACCACAGUGGGAGCAACAAUGGAAAUAGCGCCAGUGGCACGACGUCCUCCACCACCACCACCAGCAUCAGCAGCAGUACGGCGGCGGAAACCAGCACCUCUGUGGCGGAGAUGGCAGCGACGUCAUCGUCGACGCCGUCCGAUGAUGAUCCCGCAUCCUGCACUUCCGCCCUGGCCCUGUCCAUGGUUACACCGCCCUCGAUGGUGGUCGGUUGUGAAUCAAUCGUACGACGAAGUAUCCACAGCAAUAUUAGUAUGGUUAAUAACAACAAGAGUUUCGGUGGCAUCAUCGAGGAGGACCACCGGACGGCGCGAGCGGGAAGAUCGAUGCAUCCGGAACCGGUGACCGGAACGGUGAUUGAAAUUAGUGAUCAGAGCACGGCGGACGAUAUCAGUUAUCCGGAGCAGCUACUAUCGUGCACCUCGGAGACGAGCUGCGUGCUGCUAUCGGAUGACUGCGAUUCGUCGCUUCCCGCGGGAAAGGAAGACGAUCCGCUAACCAUUACUAUCAGUGAUUCGCUCGAGAGGCUCCCUUCGCUGCCGUGCAGUACUCCCAGUUUUGGGGCCUCUCAGCAGCAGCAACUACAACCACGAACUGCUGCGGGGUCAGUGGCGGCCGCCGCCGCCCCCGUUACGGUCACUGCUGCUGUCAGCACUCCGAAGCACAACCAUCAUCUUCGGCGAAACGUUCCUAGGAUAGCAAACAGCAGCGGCGGCACCGGCGGAACACGACAGCAAGGCCUUCGGCAGCGUCGUGGGUCGGCCGCCGGAUCGUCGGAUGCGUUGGACAAGCGCCACCGUCAGGGUGCGGAGGGUGCGGUGACGAUGCGCGAAGUGCUGGCUUCGAUUCCGGGCUUCAGCAUAAAACCGCGCCGGCGGACGAACAAGAAGCUGUCGACGGCGGCGCAGCUCGAGCAAACGCGCGAAGGUUGCGUGGAUCUGGAGACGCCCGAUUCGAUCCUGGUGCACUGCAAUCUGCGGGCCCUGCUGAACCGGGAAACGUUCCAACUGCUGCCGCCGCUGUAUCAGUACAAGCUGGUGCAGCUACUGCCACCUGUGGAUCGGCCCUCCGCACUGGAUGCGUCCGAGUGCGAGCGGAACGGAAUUCGGUUAAAUCCGUCCAGCUUGAACAACGAGUUCUUUGCGCGUGCCUCGCAGGAAUGGCGCGACCGGUUGUCGGAGGGUGAGUUUACGCCCGAGGCGCAGCUCAAGCUCCGGGCGGAAGCGGAUCGCGAACGGAGCAAGGUGGACCCGUGGAAGCUGAAGCACUUUGAGCCGAUGUGGGGCGAUCGAAAGUAUGCCGGCGGAGCAUUCAUUGGGGCGGCCGGUACGAUGGCCAAUCCGGCACCUCCGUCACCGGUACCACCGCCGGCACUACUACCAUCCGCAUCGGUAACCAAGGCAUCCUCCGGAUCCCUAUCCCCCGUGUUACCGAUGUCCGUGGUCGGUACGGUGAUGGUGGCCUCUCCUCCUGCACCGUCGUCAGUGGCUGCUGUACCGAGAAUGGUGCAGCCAUUGCAGAAGCAACCCGUCUCUAGUACUGCCUUAACUGCCGGAGGACGUGUCAUCGGAACGGAGAGUACCGUCGUACCGGCUCGAACUCUCACGAAGCCAUCCGUAGUCAGCAGCACGACGACAACGGUUGUGACGAAACCACCUCCCAAACCGAGCAUUGUGGCCGCUUCGUCUAGCGGUGCGUUUGUACUUCCCCCCAGGACAACGAUAUCGGUCGCUAAUAGUGGAGUGACCAGCGCGUUCCAACGGGCAGCAGGAACUGCCUCACUUGGAGGUAGUGUGUCAGUUGUACCCAUCAGCAUCGUUGCGGCCAGUAGCACCAGUAGCUACUCCGCCACCAGCAUUGCUAGACCAGCGCUCAAAACAACGAUUAAGCUGCGACCGACGACUGCGAUCGCUACGAGUACGACGGCGAAUGCUCUCGGUGGACACAAACCAUUUGGCCAUCCGGUCCGCGACCAGAGCGUCACACUGAACCCGAUCGUAGCUACCAUUUCGGCGCGAACUGUGCCGGCGGCGGCGGCGAGUUCGAAACGACUGCUACCGACCACAGUCAUGGGCGGCCACACCAUCACCGGUAGCUCCGGUUCCGGUCAUUUUCCCGCCGGAGGAAUGAUUGCAAGUAUUAGGAGUGCUAGCGGGUCGCAACCGAUGUCUCCGAAGCGGCUUCGUACGGUAGGCGCCGUCACGAGGUCCGCUCUGGCAGGGACAGGGCACCAGCACCAGCAGCAGCAGCAUCAUCCACAUCACCACCACCAUCAACUGGUGCAGCAUCAUCCGCUGAGUAACGCUGCCCUGUCGAUAACGACGACACUGGGUGCCCCAAGUCCGGCUGCCGUCCCUUCCCGGCCGUCGCCGAUCGUCGUGAAGAUGGUUGAAACGGGCCCGAAUAGUUUUCCCAUGGCGGGCGCUGUUAGUAGCUUGAAACGCACACACAGUAACCACCGUUCGGUGACCCCGGACACGCUGGGCAGUAACUGUAAGAUAUCGAAGCGAAGAACCGAAGACGCUACUACGGGCAGUCCGCGGCGGUUGCUGACGAUAGUGACCACCACGGUUCCGGGCACGGGUGGCAGCAGUAGCAGCAUCGUGUAUAGAAGCAGUAGCAGUAGCAUCAAUAAUCGCCUUAUCACCACCAACAACGCCGUACUUUCCACGUCCGUUUCCUCCACCGAUAGUAGCAGCAACAGCAACAGCAACAGCGACAGCAGUACCAAUAAUGGCGGCAAUAGCAAUAGUAGUAGAAUAAAUCUUAGCAGUAGUAGCACCAUUAGCAGCAGCGAGAGCAAAUUAACCACCAACAACACCACGGCCGCCGUCGCCGCGGAAUGUGAUACUUUGACGAUUCGCACGACCAGUGGGUCUGCGCUAUUGGCCGACAGGCGACGACGUGCGGCAGCCCUCGGGGAAGCAGUAGCAAGGCAGCAGCACGGCGUAAAGAGUAUGGCGGCGAUGCAGUCGUCACGAAGGCGGGUGCGUCGACAGGAGCAGGACACCGCCGUCGGCGGUGGUAGUAGAACCAAUAGCAAUAGAAGUAACGCAGUGCUUGGCGCAGCAACGAUCAUCCUGGACGAUGAUGCCGGCGAUCAUUCGGCGACGCUCGUCGACGACGAGACGAUACUCAACGGGGGGAGCGACUCGCAGGAUGAGCGAUCCUCGUCCUCGACGACGCUCGUGCCCUCGUCCGACAUCAUACUCGAGGAAGCGAUCGACUGUGGCGAUGUCGUCGAUUGUGGUACGGGUAGUGGCGACGAUCAGCAGCAGCAACAGUGGUGUGGCAAGCGCGGAGAGGAAAGGGUGGCCACCCCUCGGGGGCGAGUUUUACCGGCCACGGCUGGUUCGCUGAUCGUGAAGUACGAAGAUCAACAGCAGCAGCAACCGCGCAUGUUUGCGAUGGCCAUGGGCGGCGCCGGCAGUGGAAAGAUGGCCAGUGCCAACAACGGUCGGCAGGCGGUGGUGUUACCACCGGCUUCGAUUGUCGGUGGCAGCGAUACGCAGAUGAUCUACGAUCACAACUCGGGCCAGAUGUUCAGCAUCGUUUGUGUGCCGUCGGCAUCGCGCUCAUCGACUUCCACUACCUCGAAUGCAGCAGCGGCCGCCGCCCUGGGUCUCCGAUCGCUACCAGCUUCACUAACGGUUACAGCUUUACCACAGCAGCAGCAGCAGCAGCAACAGCAACAGCAGUUACUGUCGAUUUCAAAUGAUAGCAGCAACAGCAGUAGCGUAUCGACCACUGCAAUGAUGGCCGCGAGUGACAAUCAUCUCGAAGCUGGCGCUGGCACGGGAGGCAACACUGGUGGCAACCCACAGCACCCCAUAAGUACGUUCGAGAACGUACUACAAGGCGGUAGUGAGGUUGGCAACGAUCUGGUGAUCGUACACCAUCAACCGCGCGCCGCUGCUGAUGAUGACGGCGAUGAAGGUGCUACGGUGAAGGACAAUGAUACCGAGGAUGUGCAGGAAGCUGAUGAACAGCAGGAUGAUGAGGUGCUGCCGGAAGAGGAAGAUGAGGACGACGAGGACGAAGACGAUGACGAUGACGAUGAUGACGACGGUGGAGUACACACGACGACGGCUACAAACACUGCGGACGAGGAGGAGGAAGAAGAGGAAGAGAACGAGAUGGAGGAAGGCGUGGAGGAAGAGGAGUGUUCCGCCGAAGGAGUGUUCGGCCAGGACGGAAGCACAGUUCGUCAUGUGAUACACCACCACCACCACCAUCACCACCCGGGUAGUGAUGGGAUCUACAAUGGGGUGAUCAAUCAUCAUAACCCUCCCAGCCGACAUCGAGCGCACCACCGCCAUACUCAUCUCAACAACCACCCGGUGGUCAACAUGAACCUAACCGCAUUCCACCACGAUCACGUGCACCUUCAUCAGCAACAUCAGCAGCAACAAUCGCGGACCAUUGCACCGAUCAAACUGUGCUCCGGCCAGGACGGGUCAAUGAUGUUGAUGGUCCCAUCGACGACGACGACGGGUAGUGCUGAUGAAGGUGGGCUAGAUGAGGACGAUAAGGAGCAGGAAGAGGAAGAGGAGGAGGAAGAGGAACCGUCCUCGAAUAGCGUGGACGGAGGGAGUAACUACUGUGAUAAUGCUUCCGCCGCGGAUGAAGAUCCGGAAGAGGAAGUCGAUGACGUUGGGGGUGCUGAUGUGCAGCACCACCCGAUCCAGCGCGAUGCCGAAGAUCACAUGCUGCUGACAACGCACAGCGGACACACUGUCGAAGGGGGGCUUCAUACCCUCGAUCAGCAGCAACAGUAUGGUGUGGAUCAGUUGGAAGAUGCCAAAUCGUUGAACGAUUACAACGGCGUCCACCAUCAUCAACAUCCGAGUGAUGGAAGCGCUGGCGGUGCGGUUGUUGAGGAGGACGGAUGCGGUGGGACAAGCUUUAUGCUCGAUCACCAGCAGAUGCAGCAACUGCAGCGACAGUAUCAACAGCUGAGCCACGGUCAAGGAAUUCUGCACCACGAGCAGCAACUACAUUCGGCAGUAUCCCCGGUGAUACAGGGAGCGACCUCUGGAGGAUCAUCGGCACACAUACUGCUGCGCGAUGCCAGAAUGUCCGAUGCGCCCAACUGUGUCGGGGACGUGUUAACCGAUGGUCUGGUGGUUAACGGUGAGUGUGGUGAAAUGGACCAACAACACGCGGGUCCGGAGGAAAAUCACAUGCAACACGAAGAGCCGAACGAGGAUGAGGAGGACGAGGUGGAAGACGAUGAGGACGAACCGGACGAAUCGCUGGAAUCGGAAGACGGGCACGGCACGACCGGGACGCCGCUGAUGCCGCAGCACUAUCAACAGCAUCAGCUGAUGGAAAAGUACAUCGACGACGUGGACGGUGGUAGUAGCAGUGCCGGCGGUGGCUACACCGUCCUGGAGACGACCGGCGGGGAGAUGAUCAGCACAGAAAUUGUCGAACACAAUCACGACCAAGAUAUGGCGAUAAUGUUGGAACCGAUCGUACAUUCUGGACCGGCGGGAGAACGGGAGCCGCCGAUUGAAACGGUUGUCGGUGGUGAGGAAACGGUUGGCGGCGACGAUGCGGCGGGGUGUAUGGUGGCGAAUGGCGAGCAGAACUCGGUCAACGGUGGCCGGAUCAUUGCAGGACAUCCAUUCCGCGGAGAACGACGAUCCUACGGUGGCCAAGCAGCCCUGCUGGAUUCCGUUGCCGUUGGUAGUCAUGUGAUCAAUGAAGCGGAUGUAGUGUCCGAGUCGGACCAUCAUUGGCCACAGUUCAAGAUGAAGAUGAUGGAUACGACGAAGAUGCUCGUGGUCGAUCACCAUCAGCUGGUCGACGGCAGUAACAGUAUUAUCCUAUCCCCGCUCGGUGCGACGGUGACCCCCGCCAUGGCUUCCUCUCCGACGCUCCUGGCCGGAGCUACCCAGCAAGUGCAACAUCAGCAUCAACAGCAGCUUCACCUAACGCAAACCAACCUUCACCCGCAUUUAACGAACGCCGCAGCAACGCAACAGCACCAACACACGAUGCAACCAUCACCGACGACUAUUCCGGUUGCCACGGCAACGAUUGUACAGCAAAUUGCAACCAAUCAUCAGCAACAACAGCAACCGGCACAGCUCCACCAAAACACGACCACAGGGAUCAGUUUUUUAGCGCACCAUCCGCAACAGCAACCGACGACAGUGCAAACCCUGGCAGCGGUGCAGCAACAGUCUCAUCCGCAAGGAAUGAACAUUUUUCAGAUCCACACCCAGCCCCAGCAGCAACAGCAGCAGCAGCCGACACAACAACCUCAUCAUACCGCUCAAGCGAUGCUGGGAGGCGUAGUCACGUCCCAUCCGGUAGCGCUGAGCGGUGGCGGCACGAUCCAGCUAACGUCAGAGAUUAAAGACGGCAUCCGUAACAAUUUGAUAAAGACUGAGCCCGGCGUAAGCUAUACGACCAUCCGGCAAGGCAACCAACAGAUAGUGACGCGCAUCAAGCUGGAGAGUGACGAUGGUGGUCAAUUGCAGCAACACUCGGCGCAGCAGCAGCAGACAUUUCAGGCUCAGAUUCCCAAGGUGAACGUUGUGACGUCGUCCGCCGCACCGCUGAUAGCACUCGGGGGAGCUCCCAACCAAAAUCAGGAUAAUUUGACACGCGUGAUCGAAAGUGUGGCCGGUAACUACGGGUCGGCGGUUGCACAACAGGUGGUUCAACAGCCUCAGCAGCAGCAGCAGCAGCAACCGCAACCGCAACCGCAGCUCAUUCAGCACGUUCAGACGGCCACUGGGCAGCAGAUUCGCUUCGAGAUGGACCCGACGACGAACCAUCACCACGCGUUGCUGCAGCAAGCGACGCAACCUCAGCAAACACAGCCUACCCUGAUCACACAGCAACAGCAUCAACCAAAGUUCAUUAUCACCUCGCGACCGAUGACCAGCGUGGUAAACGCCGUCACCGGCACGAAGCUUCCGCUGGCCGUGCAGCAGGCGACAGGUCAGCAGUUUAUCCAUGCGCAAGACCAACCGAUACAUCAGACACAGCCACAGCCGCAGCAGCAGCAGCAACCAUUGUCCAACCAAGCGACGGUAACUACGAUCCAAAAACCGAUUCAGCUACAAAAGAUCAUCAUGUCGACGGCACAGCAGCAGCGACCGCGACUUCCCCUGCAGCGGGCACAGUUCGCGCUGCAAGCUCAGCAUCAACCGCAGACGCAGGCGGCCGCGAAGUUGGCCCAGCCUCAACAAACGGCUCAAGUGAUCACACCGACACAGUCGCAGCAACGUUUUCAGCAAAAAUUUGUCACCAACCAGCUGAUCCGUGGCCAGAACGCGGCUAUUCUCAUGAACAGCGGUCAGUUCCUGCCGCAGCAGCAACAACAACAGCAGGCACAGCCACCACCGGUGACGGUGGUCGGAGCGAAUGUGGUUGUUGGUUCGACACAGCGGAAACGACCGACGGCGGAAGUGCAGAGCGGUGUUGCACCGAUGACUAGUAGUACCGCCACCGGAGGAAUCGGUGGAAUCGUUGGUCAAGUGACAGCGGUGAGCGGCGGUGGUGGGAUGAGCAGGCGUGGUGGUGGCCGUACUAGCAGCUCUCGAUUACCGCCCGGUGCGGUCAAUCUCGAGCGUAGCUACCAGAUCUGCCAGGCGGUCAUACAGAACAGUCCGAAUCGGCACCAGCUGCGGGCACAGCUGAAAUCGCCGCAAGCCUUUCUGGCGGCCUCGAACUCCAACUCGAACAGCAGCAUCAGCAGCAUCGGCAGUACCGGCAGCAACAGCAGCAGCAACAGUAGCACCAGCAGCAGCGGCGUCUCGGCAAGCAGUAUUAUUGGCAAUACCAAAGAGGAUACGGGUGCGGCGGCGGUGGGAGGUACCACCAGUGUUGCCGCCGCCACUACGUUCGGUGCGGCCCUGGGAAUCGGAGCGAAUAAGGUCGCUGGACCACGGUUGCUGAACCCGAAGCGUAUUGUAGCGACGACCGGUAACCGUAACCCACCGUCGAUCGUCGUGCGCCAGGUGUACACGGGCGGCGGGACGACCGGUGUUCAGUCGAAUCCGAUCAGUAUUAUUGCACAGUCCACUCAACAACCGCACUCGGUGCAGCAGCACCCGCAACAGCAAAUUCACGCCCUCGGAGAGCAGCUUCAGCAGCACGCACAGAUUAUCAGCGUAACGGCCGCGCCGACGAUCGUGCAAACUGCCAGCAACAAUAACGGCGGCAACCCUAUUACGGGUGCUGCCGUCUCCGGGGCAGCCGCUUCGAGCGUUGGCAACUUCGGCGGAAAGUACGUGCUGGUGCAGCGAGCGGCACACAUCGGUGAAAUCGUAACGCCGCGGGCGGCCAGCGCACCACCCACACACAAUCAGAUACACAUUCAUCACGUGCCUGCACCACCGCAAACGCAGCAGCAGCAGCAAAUUCAGCAACAAAUCACCACACACCAGCAGCAACAACAGUUGACCCAACAGCAAGUGGUUCAACACCAUAUACAGCAACAACAACAACAGCAGUUGCAUCAGCAACAGCAGGGCCAACAGCUAGCGCCCAGCAUGCAGGCGACCAUCACCCGCCGAAUACCGUCGUCCACCCACGUGAUUGCCUACGGUCAGGAUCCGCUGCCUACCGCCGCUUCCCUUGAACCGAUGGCCCCCAGUGGAGGGAUUGGCGGCAACGUAGCCAAUGGUUCACCGAAUGCACUGAUCACUGGUGGUGGUACGGCGGGUGGUGCAAAUGUUACGCGGGGCAAUGUCGUUAUCAUUGGUGGAACGGCCGCGUCCUAUCAGUACAAUCAUGCCACACUGUUAGAUCGUUCCCGGGGAGCAACGAGCAACCCGACCGUGGUUGUAUCGAACGGUGGUGCAUCUUCUGUAGGCAACAGCAGUGGGCUUCUGCCCCAAACGAACUUGGUCAAUCUGGUCUCCCCUUCGACCACCACCACCAUCAUUUCACCGCAGCGACAACUUCAAUCGGGUCAAACGGCGUUAGUGCCCGCUUUCUUGCAACAACAUUCCCUGAACCACCAGCUAAACAGCGGUAGCGACGGUACCCACAGUGGCCACAGCAUCAAUCUCGGUGGAAUCAACAUCGUGGUCGGCAGUCUUAAUGCCGCUGGUGGAACCACUCUUCAUUACCAGCAGCUGCAGCCCCAGCAGCAGCAGCAGUCGCAGCCCCAGCAGCAACUGAUUAUAAUGGAAAACGAUCUAGGAGGCACUGCGCAGGUUUGUCACGAAAGCGAACCAGGCGGCGGAAGUGGUGAAGACCGCAAAGCUUGUGAGACGGUGCGAGCCGCGGCUCCGUGUACCUCCGGGGACUGCGGUGGUAAUGUUGGCAACACCGGAAUCGACUGUUCCUGCUCGCUGAAUUCCUCGAUGGUAGCCUGUCAGCAGUGUGGUGCCUUCUGUCGCGACGACUGCAUCACCGGAUCGAAGCUGUGCGUAUCGUGCGUGAUACGAUAG